AUGUUCUAUGCUGUGAACCACCUGCGCGCGCCACUGGCGACUUUGAAACCGGUGCUCGCCGACUCGAUCGCAACGCAAAAUGUGAUCCGUCGGAUGAUUGGUGUAAGGACUACUCGCAAGGUGAACGCGAGCGCGAUCAACAGCAUCGUGGAAAAAACGAAGGGCGAAGGCCUGGCAGGGACAACAGCAGUAGUGGCACGCGCGUACCUUUACCUGAUGUUACGGAACCCCACAGAGGCCAUUGCAGAAAUCAACUCUGUCCUGCCGAAGGUGCAAGAUGAGGCACUGAAGCGCUUCGCGGUUGGCAUCCGCCUGCGCUCGCAUAACGAGAUGCUUGACAUGAAGGAAGCGGCACUGAACGUUUCAGGUGGUGCUACGGAGGCUGAGGUGUCGGACCUACGCUCCAAGUUGCAGAGGGAUUACAAGGAACUUGUUGCAAGUUCUCCUGGGUGCUGGCUCGUAGAGCUGGCUGCAGCAGAGUACAGCCUUUACACCGGCGCGAGUGAGGAAUUGUGCAAUCGCUUUGCUUCAAUCGAGAAGAAAAUCCUGGAGUACAUCAACACCCCAAUCCACGUGUCGGAACUUGUAGCUACCACCGAUAACACCAACGAGUUCUGCCUGAUUGGUUUUCAGGCAAGUCGCGCUCGACCUGGGGUGAGGCCAGAGGGAGUCAGCGCCGCGGUGGCUGAGGGGAUGACGAACGUGAUGGCCGAUCCUGCUACCGCAAAAGUUCUUGAACAGGCGAAGAAGGCCUUUGGUGGGCAUGUGACGGAGGAGGAGGCUUUGGAGCUGGCGAUGACGCUGCACGAAGCCAACGUGCGUCACCACUUCCACGAUUUUUUCCCCACAGUCACAGACCACUACGAUCAAUGGACGUCCAAGGCCGCGCAAUCGGCGCAGCAGCUGAUCCGGGAGGCGUUGACACCCCACAACGCGGGUCUCAAGCAGGAGGCCAUAGAGCGGAUCCGUGCUUCUGUUCCCAACAAGGCUUUCUAUGACUCGGAGGAGAACCUCCAUGCGCUGCUGAGGUCGGCACCAAAGGAUAGGAGUAUCAUUCUUUCUAUUCGAGAGGCAUUUGGACCUGGCCCAAGUACGCCCAUCAGCUUAUCGGAUCAGGUAGUUGCCGACGCUGUGGAAUCCGUGCACCUGGCGGUUGUGUCGUCGGACACCGCUGCAGCGACGGGCUAUGCAAGGCGCGGAAAAGAGAUCGCCAAGGCUCUAGCGAAGCAGUUGCUCUACCGUACCCAGGUCCAGAAAUGUGUUGCGCUGGCAGAGAUGAACCACCUGCAGGAGGCUGUGGAAGCUGUCACUCCGGUCAUCAAUGCGAACGAGUAUGUUUACAUGUGGCGCGCAUUCUUAGCUCGCAGCCGUGCCUACAAGGGUCUCGGGCUCAUCACCAAGGCGGACAAGGACCUGAAGGAGCUGAACCGCCUCAAGCAGAGCCUCACGGAGCGCACCCCAUAUGAGAAGGAAUAG